UCUUAGACAUCACACCAAAUUCCUCUCCAUCUCAUACCAAAUCUCUCUCUCGAUAUGGCGCCAAAGGCAGAGAAGAAGCCCGCCGAGAAGAAACCCGCCGCCGAGAAAGCUCCGGUGGCGGAGAAAGCCCCGGCGGAGAAGAAACCCAAGGCCGGGAAGAAACUACCGAAGGAAGGAGGAGCGGCCGCUGGCGAUAAGAAGAAGAAGCGGAUGAAGAAGAGCACCGAGACCUACAAGAUCUACAUCUUCAAGGUGCUGAAGCAGGUCCACCCAGACAUCGGAAUCUCUAGCAAGGCAAUGGGCAUCAUGAACAGUUUCAUUAAUGACAUCUUCGAGAAACUGGCGCAGGAGGCGUCGCGAUUGGCGCGCUACAACAAGAAGCCGACCAUCACUUCUCGGGAGAUUCAGACUGCCGUCCGGUUGGUGCUUCCGGGUGAGUUGGCCAAGCACGCUGUUUCCGAAGGGACGAAAGCGGUUACCAAGUUCACUAGCUCUUGAAGGAAAUUGAUUGUUAGGGUUUCUCGUGGCUGUAGGUUUGGAAUUCGCUGAUGUAAAGAUCGUUAAAUUUGGUAAAAAAUUGAAGACUCAGUGUAGUUUUGAUUUGUAUGAAUUAGGGUUUUUUGGUGGUGUUACCUAUUUAUCGAUGAAUUUGAUCAUUAUUUGAUAAAAUUUUGAGUUUCCAAUUCUUGA